AUGACAAGUACACAAAUUAUGACACAAUUAAUAAAAUGGCCAAAGGACACAGAUUAUCGAAAAAAUGCUGAUGCAGCAUCUGUACGAGCUGGGUUUCCAGGCGUAAUUGGCAUGCUGGAUGGAUCUUACAUACCAAUUCCAGGACCCAGCUUCUUCAGAGAUUCCUACAUAUGCAGGAAAGGUUUCCCAGCAAUGCACCUGCAGGGUGUGUGUGACGGCAGCUUGAAGUUCAUUGAUGUCUAUUGUGCAUAUCCUGGAUCAGCACACGAUUCAAGGGUCUACCGGAACAGCCUGCUGUGUCAGUACUUAGAAGAUAAUCCGUUACCGGAAAUGUACCACCUACUUGGUGAUUCUGCUUAUGCUCUGUCCAAGUCCCUGCUUGUCCCAUUCAGAGACAAUGGACAUCUGACAGCAAUUGAGAAAACAUUCAACAAUGCACACAGUUCAACGCGUGUGGACAUUGAAAGAUGCUUUGGACUUUUGAAAGGGAAGUUCAGAAAACUCAAAUACUUGGACAUGAAAAAUGUUCGGGAAAUGCCUGAAGUCAUUAUCACAUGCUGCGUUUUGCACAAUUUUAUUUUGACCCAGGAAUCCUUUGACGAAAGUGACAUUGAUACUGAAGACAUUGAUGCAGUAGAAACUGAAGCACAAUCAGAAAGGGAUCCUCAAGAACUUAAAUCUGUAUCUGAAAAGAGAAUGGAAAUUGCCCAUCUCUUGGUGUAA